UGACUUUUAAAUGUAAAUUAUAUUAAAUUCACCUGAGCCGAAUCCAAAGCAAACCUCAGCCAAACAAGUUUAUAUUUAUUUUUCAAGAACAGUGUGUCUCUUCAGAAAGUAUUUAUGGCCACGGAAAAUAACACAGAAGAACACGUGACGAGCGAAAGCCCAUGGAUAUCAGUGAGUCCUGGUGGUCUUUGGGAGGUACACAGGAGGUGGAAGUGGGAGAGAAAGCGAGGAGACAACACCCCUCUGUUAGGGUCCAUCUGCAAAAUAAGAGUGCGUCUUAUAAACCAUACAGAAGAUAACAGCCAGUCUGAGAGCUCGAGUGAAACUGAAUCCGCAGUUAGUGACAGUGAUGUGCAGGUUACAGAGUUUCCUCGCUCUCAGGAUUCAGUGCUGCAGGUUCCUCUGGACAGGUGGAUACAGCUGCGAAUGGGAGAGGGGCAGUGUGACAUUAUAGAGAGCUGUUUGGAGGGCAUGAGGGCAGCAGAGACCUGUGAGAUCACAGUAAGACCCUAUCAACGGCAUUUUAAUAUGACACCCAGUGAUAAUCAUGCUGCCCAGAAGACAGAAGAGGAGACACAGCCGAAAAGUGAGUGUUUUUCUCUGCAGCUUCAUUCAUUCACUGCAGGGAAGGAGUCGUGGCAGAUGCCCCCUACGGAGAAGUGGACCUGGGUGCUGUCUCAUAAGCAGCGGGGCAGCCAACGCUUCGGCAAGGGAGACAUAUGGGGAGCAACACAUUCUUACUGCUGUGCUGUUAAACUGCUCAUCACUUUAAAGGGACAGAACAGAGGGAAAGAUGGAGUUCCAGAGGUUGAUGGAGGCAGGACCCGUGAGAGAGAGACAGAAGCAAAAAACACCCACAUCCAAACUGAGGAGGAGUAUAAUACAAUAAAAGCAGAACUCCAUUCUAAUCUCUCCCUGUGCCAGCUCAGGCUUGGCCAGCCGGUUAAAGCCAAGGACAGCAGCUGCAAAGCCACUACACUGGAUCCAGUGAAUGUUAAAGCCUGGUAUCGCCUUGGCCAAGCCUGUCUGCAGCUGGAAGACUUCUCAGAAGCACGGCAAGCUUUUGGCAAAGUCCUAGAACUACAGCCAGGUUCUACCUCUGCCCAAAAUGCCUUGAAACAAGUACAUGCAAAAGCAAAAGAGUUUGACUGUAAGCUUGGCCAAAGGCUAAGCAAAAUGUUUACUUAAUGAUUUGCAGACAAAUCGGCAUCUGUCUGCAUACAUGUCGACAUAAAUAUUAACAACAAAUGUGAAUGUUAACAGGCCUUGUGUAUACUUUAAAUGUGGCUUAUCAAAAAUAAAAACUUGAAACUUAAAAGAGCCUAAAAAGCUCAUGUGGUAAUAAACUGUAUUUAAUGGGGGAUCUAUUACUCUAAGUAUUGCUCUUUGCAUGGUGGUUGUAUUAUGGUUCUAUGUUGAACAAAUGCCAAUUAAACUAUUUAUAAGCUUCACACCCUUA